UUUGAAGUCUGUUUUUCGGUAUGUAACUGACAUGUCCUUCAUACAGGUUUUGACAUUGCCUCACUGCUGAUUGGUGCAGGUGCCAGUGCUGGUGCCAUGAUGAUGAUAUGCCUCAUAAUGCAGCUCAUUCUAAAGAAGAAGAGACACAGCCAGCGCUCUGAAAGUAGAAUGAAGGACAGCGAAGGGAUCAUACUGUCAGAUGGGAAGGCCGCUCAAGAUGAGGAAUCGAUCUACGCCAACAAGACCAUGCUGUCGGAGGCGGGUGCGGUGGAAAAGGCGGACGAGGCCGCCCCGCACUAUGCCACCGUGGAUUUCUCCAAACUUCACGGCACGGGUGGGGAACACGGAACGGGCAUCGUCCGGGGCACUUCCAAACAGACGUCCGACUACGCCGUGAUCCGACACAAAUCCAGGGAAGAGAGAGAAGGAGGAGAGGAAGAAGGUGAGGAGGCAAAGGAGGAGGUGGAGAAGGAGGGCCAGGCUGAGCUGGGCACAGAGAGGGAGUGGGCCGAGGCGAGGGGCGAGAAGGAGGAGGAGCCCACCUACGGGAACAUCUGCCCCUCCAGGCCCACUAAGAGGGCACGGCAGGGACUGCAGCAGCCACCCGGGAACCCUGCUGCAGAGGAGGAGCAGGAGGAGCAGUGCCAGGAGGAGAACUCAGCAGGAGGCCAGGAGAACAUGUACGUGGAUGCCAUGAGCCCCCUGAUGGAGGGUAACGGAAAGGGAACAGAGGAGUGUGAGUACGCCGUGGUCAGGAAGCCAAAAUAAGUCACCAUGGAGAUAGGCCAACUCAUCACACCACGCUGCACUCUCAUAAUGCCAAGAUAUUGCUUUACAGCACGAUACAUAACGUGCGUUAUGUUGCAGUACAGAUGUUACAUUACAGUGUCAUACUGAAGUACAGUAACUUAUGGGGUACCAAAUGCAACAUAAAGCUAUUAUUUUACCAUGCAUUUUCUUCUGCAUUUAACUGAAAUAUCCCUAUUUCUCUCAGAUUUAAUGGAAAAAGUCUUACAUUUAUU